GCCACUCUCUCUCUCCAAAUAAAAAAAUAAUAAUAAUAAAACUAAAAGAUCACAAACAUAAAAAACCCUAAUUCCCCGAAGAAAAGAAAAUCCAAGCGGAAGAAACAAUGGUGUGCAUACGCAAGGCAACCAUAGACGACCUACUGGCGAUGCAAGCUUGCAACCUGCUAUGUCUUCCCGAAAACUACCAGAUGAAAUACUAUUUGUAUCACAUCCUCUCUUGGCCUCAGCUCCUUUACGUGGCCGAGGACUACAAUGGCCGCAUUGUCGGUUACGUCCUUGCCAAGAUGGAAGACGAAAGCAACGAGUGCCACGGCCACAUUACCUCUCUCGCCAUCCUCCGCACCCACCGCAAGCUUGGCCUCGCCACUAAGCUCAUGAACGCCGCUCAAGCCGCCAUGGAGCAGGUGUUUGGAGCUGAGCAUGUCUCGUUACAUGUUAGGAAGAGUAAUAGGGCAGCGUUUAAUCUGUAUACCCAGACAUUGGGAUAUAAGAUUCAUGAUGUGGAGGCCAAAUAUUAUGCAGAUGGGGAGGAUGCAUAUGACAUGCGGAAGCAGUUGAAGGAGAAGCAGAGUCAUCAUUAUGGUCAUCAUCAUCACCACCACCACCACCACCGUCAUAGUGAUGGAUGCUGUUCGUGUGAGGCAAGAAGCACAGAAGUGAGUCAAACAAGAGGGGACUCAAAAUCGGAGUCGAAAGCUAGCACAAAAUCUGAUUCUAAAGCAGGAUGAUUACAGGAGGGAAAAAAUCAAAGGGGAAAUGGGGGUAGAGAGUGGGGGCUUACAAUUAGAAUAAAAAAGGGGAAAGAUAGAAUAAGUUUUUGCAGGACAUAGAAAUGGAUAUAACAAAGGCAAAAGUGUUUCUGAUCUACUCUAUUAGAGAGGAAAAUUGUAGAAGUAUUUGUUGUCAUGAUUGGAAUGAUGAAUAAUUAAACUUUUGUAUUAUGCCAACGUUGGUGGAUGUCUUUUUGAACAUUCUCGACCUCUGUAGAGGGGUUCGAAUUAUUUGACAAUUGUUUAUUGUUAGCUAAACGUAAAACCAAUUACGUAUUUAUCUCGUGAA